GAUUGUUCUUGUCUGGAUUUUGGUCCGUCAAGUAUUAUCGUCCCCUGUCGUUCUAAAGAGCAUGGCGAGCAGACUGCAGGGCACGAUUAUGAUGCAUUAAAGUAGUUCAAAAGCAGUUUUUAAGCAUGUCAUUUUUUAUUCAAGUAAAGCAGUAAAGUCGUCGCAGUUGCCAUGGGAACAGAGGAGGAGAGUUUCUCUCCCAGUGAGGAGGAAACAGAGAGGUGGAUGUGCAGCGCUUUUGACAUGGCCAAAGACGCUCUGGAGAACGGAGAGGUGCCGGUGGGAUGUCUGAUGGUCUACAACGAUCAAGUCGUGGGGAAGGGAAGAAACGAAGUCAACGAGACCAGAAAUGCCACUCGCCACGCAGAGAUGGUCGCCCUGGAUCAGCUCCUGGAUUGGUGUCGCCGUAGCAACCUGGAUGUGAGCAGCGUGUGCAAGAGAACAGCGCUGUACGUCACCGUGGAGCCGUGCAUCAUGUGUGCUGCAGCGCUGCGCCUCAGCAACAUCCCCGUGGUCGUGUACGGCUGCAGGAACGAGCGGUUUGGAGGCUGUGGUUCAGUUCUGGAUGUUUCCUCUGCAGACUUACCUCACACAGGGAACACAUUUAAGUGUGUUUCAGGCCACAGAGCAGAAGAAGCUGUAGAGAUGCUGAAGUCGUUCUACAAACAGGAGAAUCCAAACGCCCCAAAACCCAAAACAAGGAAGGACUGAACGUUCUGUUAUAUAUCUACUUUUUAUCAUUCCUGUACUGCGCCUUUUUAAAUUUGUUUUAAUUUAAUAAACAACACUUUAUGUAAAA